AGAGAGCGUCCGCCUGCUAACGUUAAGCGAACUGUGCGGUGUCGUCAGUUCCGUUAAGCGUUCCUUCUGGUUUCAUUAAAAAAAGGGGUAGAGGGGAGAUUAUUUAGGAAGACAAGCGCAGCUCGAAUAAGGCUUUGGUCGGCUAUGUCGUGGACAUAUUCGUGAACUAGAGCAGUACGUUGUUUCGGACGAGCGGGUUUUCCCUCGGACUGACAGAAGACCCGUCGGUGUCCUCUAAGCCGCGCGCUCACUGGGAUGCGCCGCCGCUAGCUUGUCGUUAGCUCGCUCGCUAGCUUCCCGAACCGCUCUGGGCUUCUUCUUUUUUUAACGACGUGACCAAGCGCACCAGACGUAGUGCAUUAUGACCGACAGCAUUAUGAGUAAAGCUGCCACAAUGGAGAUUCCCAUCAACAGUAAUGGAGACACAGGGACCCUACCAGAAGAUGACAGCCUUGAACAGGCUGCAAAACUGCAGUGGAGCUUAGAUGAGAAGGUAGGGAGCUCCAGAGGCACCAGGGACCUGCAGCAGGUGAUGGUGUCGGGUCCCAAUCUGAACGAGACCAGCAUCGUAUCGGGGGGCUAUGGAGGAACAGCAGAGGGAAUCAUCCCCACCAGCUCAAUCAAAGGACCUGCUGUGCACUACAAUGCAGCGUUUAACAAAAGGAUCCCAGUUUCAGGAUUAGGUUCCAGCAUGCACCACAGCAGCAGCAGCUCGUCAAUGGCCGCGGACGAGGCGACCCGCGGUGUGGCUGUGGAAAAGCUAGAAACGGUGAAGAAGUGGGGUCUCAACACUUACAAGUGUACUAAGCAAAUGAUCUCAGAACGCUUCGGUCGGGGUUCCCGCACUGUGGACAUGGAGCUCGAGGCUCAGAUUGAGGUGCUGAGGGACACUAAAAGGAAAUAUGAGAGUGUACUCCGAUUGGCCAGAGCGCUGACUAACCACUUCUACAACAUGGUGCAGACCCAGCAUGCACUGGGGGACACCUUUGCUGACCUCAGUCAGAAAUCUCCAGAGCUGCGGGAUGAGUUUGGCUACAAUGCAGAGACUCAGAAGUUGCUGUGUAAAAAUGGGGAGACUCUCCUUGGUGCCAUUAACUUCUUUGUGUCAAGCAUCAACACACUGGUCAACAAGACCAUGGAGGACACCCUUAUGACAAUCAAGAUGUAUGAGGGUGCCAGGCUGGAGUUCGAUGCCUACCGGGCAGACCUGGAGGAACUGAGUCUGGGGCCGAGGGAUGCUGUCGCCAUGGCCCGCAUAGAUGCCGCUCAGCAACAGUACCAAAUCCAGAAGGACAAAUAUGAACGUCUCCGCUCGGACGUCAUCAUUAAACUCAAGUUCCUGGAGGAGAAUAAGGUGAAGGUGAUGCAUAAGCAGCUGCUCCUCUUCCAUAAUGCCAUCUCGGCGUACUUUGCUGGCAACCAGCAGCAGCUGGAGCAGACGCUGAAGCAGUUCAACAUAAAGUUGAAGCCUCCCGGGGACGACAAGCCCUCCUGGUUAGAGGAGCAGUGAGGAGAUCGGCCCUAACCUCCCGCAGCCUCCUCUUCAACCACCUCCACCCGUUACCGUUUGAACACCCAAAUUUAAAGGGGACCACUACAGGGGGGGAAAAGAUGGCUAGAUGAUUGGACGGAUGGAUCGCAGGGUAUUAUUGUUGAAGGGGCAAAAUGAAGCAGGGAACCAAGCUGCCAGUUUCCUGGAGAGUCGGGGGUGGUUGGGGCUUUUAGUGCCUCUCCCCAACUUUCCUUUUUUUUUCCCACUCUGACCUAUUCUUUUCACUUUGUUCCAAGAGGAACUGUGUUCAUCUUUCCCUUCCUUCUAUCUAACUCCCUUAAAUGUCAUCACUAUUUUGCUGUGUCAACCAGUCUGUCAUGGGCAUUAUUGCUCCACUCAAGUGCCAACUUGUGCGCUGAGCUAAACUUCAACCCCGCACCAUCUCGGGUACAGCGACAAGAUGACAAAAGGAAACGACGACAAAUCCAUUGCAACACCCUCGGAUGUAACCAAACACUACAUCAAAAACUCUUCCAGACCUUAUCACUUUCGUUGUGUGCCUCUUUUAUUUAUGCGCUAACGCACUAAAUGAACACGUGGCCUGCAAGAAGAAGGAUAAAUUCAGAUAAACAGGUAAAAAACUCCACAAGAAGGGGAUUCGUAAGGUACACUGGAAAGGAAUGCUUAGGUAUUUCCAAUCAAUGUACAUCUCAAAUUAAGUACUGUUUAACUUUUGAAAUAGUAUGAUUGUUAUUUGCUCACACAACUAAGACACUACUGUGUUAUGUUCAGUUUUUGCUGUUUUGAUUUGUAUUAUUAUGUUGUGCUUCAGAGAAACGCACAGUACACUGUUUGUCCGCUGGUGCUUUAGGGAGAAAGUACCAAAAGACAUAAUUAUCAGAAAUGCUACAGAUUUCAAUUGUUUUUACAUCAACUCAGAUAUGCAACGAUUGUUUAAGGAACACUGCCACCGCUUUCCAAAAAGUUCUACUGGUUGGGAUCGUUAGUGGUAUUUUAUUUGCCCAAAGAUAAUUGAGAGACAUGUUUACUGUCACUUCAGUGGUUGUUUAAGCAGUUUGCCUUUGGACUGAGGACGCUUUGAGGGACAGUUGAACCCUGCUAGAUGGGCGUGUGUCAGGCGAUCAACAUACAACAAAUUUCACUCCUUUUUAUUUAGAAGGAAUUCAUUCCAUAUUUUUUCACAUUCUUACAUGCAAAUGUGUUUGUCUUUAAAGAUAAAGUGGACACGUCAUUAACAUCUAGGGUCAAAUGGUUCAGGCUCACUAAAGCAGAAUAUAUUUGUCUAUGGUUCCCUUUCUUCACACUGAAGAUUACUGUCUAAUAUUCCCAAUCUUAAUAUUUCCAACAUCAAACUUGUAUAGUAGUUGGGCAAUGUGAUAAAACUACUUAUUCAUUAUUUGUUCAAUGUCCUUUAAUUGAAACAUUGUCUUAGUAUAAUAAACAAUCAUCUAUUGAUGACAAUUAGAAGAUAUUACUGCAGAAUAUCGGCAUGGUACUCCAAAUGUAAUGUGUAAUGUAAUUUUUAUGCAUUAUUGUAUACUGUUCAUUAUAUCUGUUGGAAUCAACGUAUCUGUACAAAUUACUCGAAUUAUGAGUAUGACGCAAAAGGCGUUUUUCAGAUAACACACUAACAUGAGAAUAUCCUACACGCUCUUUAACAGAUUUUGUAAUUUAUAUACUCCAAAAAGUAUUUCUAAACCAACUCAUCAGAAGUAGUUAUGUUUCCCAGUGUUGCAUCUCUGAAGUCAGCUGAAGAUAAUCCGGUAUAAUGAAUGAAUUGAACUCAGUCACUGGGUUUGUCCUCCUCGUCCUCCUCCUCCUCGUCUCCUCUGUAUUUGCAUGGCAGGCAGCGAUCCAAAGUACAGGUGCGUAUCCGCGUCGACGCACUGAUGCUCUGCUCUUGGCCUUCUGCACGCCAGCUCGCAUGGACAGGCAUGGCGUCACGGUCUGGUUUUUAAUUCGUGACACUGGCUGAGGCGAAAUCCAAAAUUUGUGUUUCCUUUGAAUUGUGCUGAGGAUUGUUAUUAUGGGAAGGACGGUGAUUUAGAUUUUUGAUGAAAAGUUGAUUUUGAUAAAUUGAUAGUGUGAUUUUGGUUGGCUUGUACUUUCAGAGCACACAUCCCUCGUGUGUUUUUAUUCCAGCUGAACGAGUCGCCCAGUAAGACCCGGACCGCACUCGCUGCUGAACUUGUUUCAUUGAUAAGCUCUUGGUCCGUUUGAUCGUCAUACAGCAAUAUCAACAAAAUGUGACUCCUCUUUUCCAAACCUGCCCCUUUCAAAUUCCAAACCCCAACAACCGAAAUGAAUGGCAAUAGGAUUUUUAAAAAUAGGAAUUUCUUUUAAGUAAUUGUGAAACCUCCAUCGAAUUGAAAAAAGUGUGACAAGCAUUUUUAGUCACUCUUACUAGCUGUCUGUAGAUUGUUGCUGAGAGAGAACCAAGAUUUAUAAAAUGAAAUAUUUUAUUUGUGUACAAUCAAUAUUUUGUAGUCUGAGCUGGUGUAUUGUACUGUAUGAAUGAUUGCACAUAAUGAUAUUUAAGAUAUAAAUGAUAUUGUCAUUGAUCGAUGUGAUACUCUGCCUUCAUUCCUCACUCUGACCCGAGAAGUCCCACCUGACCCCGAGGGAAAAAAAUUAAAGUACACAUUUUCAAAUUGU